AUGAUGGGAACGUCAUCAACCUGCGACCGGACGCAAGGGAAAAGGGAGACGGCGGCCGCGAGCGAUCAAACCAUCCCUGACUCGAGGGGGGACGAAGUACGGGGACCGUGGAGCAUCGACCCUCUGAUCUUGUGUAACGAUUACUGUAAUAGAUUUACGGACUGCGUUCCUCAUUUUGCUGCCCCCCCCGGUGCCUUGGUUAGUCUGUGUCCUGGGAGGCCGAGGCCGGGCCCGCAGCCACCUCCACCACCGACGAUGCUCUUCCCCGCGGAUGUCGGUUUAGACCUGGUGCAGAGCAAAAUCAAAAGCCUCACCGAGUUCCUGGACGUUUACCUCAAGAUAGCAAACGUGCACACAGUCGAUUUUUACACCAACGACGUUUGGAAUCAGUUCGUGGCCCUGCCGCCUGAAGCUGUCAUAUCGCAGCUACUCUGUGAGCAGGGGGGACGUGCUGCAAUGGAAAAAAUCGAUGCCUCGGUAUGGGAUGAGUCUGAAAAACUUAGAGAUGUGGCUGCUUACAAGAGAGUUACUCAGGAUCACUCCCUGCCAAACCUUGGAGUAUGCACAUCACUGAAUGACCUGCUACAAGAGAUGUGGGGAAAUAAGCAAAAAGAUGUAUUCUUAAAACCCAGCACAUUUAUGAGUUCAAAGAAGUCCCAUGAGGUUGAGUUGAUGUCUGAAGUCAUUGUAUCGUUUGCCAAAUAUUGCAGUAUUCAACAGGUAAUUGAUAUUGGAUCAGGAAAAGGAUAUUUGAGUUCUUACUUGUCCAUGCAGUAUGGCUUGAAUGUGUAUGGCAUAGAUUCUUCUAGUACCAACACGAGUGGGGCAAAUGAAAGGAACAGAAAAUUAAAAAGAUAUUGGAAGGUUUACCAACGUCAAACAAAGCGUCAGAACCAACGCAACUCUGCACCAAAAAAUCUGGAAGAAGAGCCAACAAAUAAUAUGGAGAGUUUUGAGGAAGCCAAGGAACAAAUUAGCAUUGGUGGGGAGCAAGAGAAUAGUCCACAAAAUCAAUCAAGCCAUAUACAAACUCCUGUUAUGGAUACUUCCUUAGAUUUAGAGACCAGCGAGAGAAGUAACAAUGUUGUAUCUGCACAUUUUGUGGGAUCAAUAGAAAAUGAAUUUGAUGGCACUGACAAUCUGUUUCUGGAAUUUCUGUCAACUGAUGCAGUGGAAAUGAAUUCACUGUCAAGGAAAAAAAGAGAUCUUGAUGAUAAAGAGAAAGAGAGAAGGAAAACUGCAGGUUUGGAUGCGAAAGCAAAACAAAUCAAAGAAGCUAAUCUCUACUCUCCAUUAACACUGCAUGUUACUUCUACAACUGAACUCCAAGACAUCAUUUCUGACAUAAAGGACUCUAUGCUGGUCGGUCUGCACACUUGUGGUGAUCUUGCCUCGGAUAUUUUGCGCAUUUUCGUUACUAAACAGGAGCUUAAAGUUGUUUGCAGUGUGGGCUGUUGCUACCAUCUUCUCUCAGAAGAGUUUGAAUUGUCAGAUGACAGCAAAGAAUGCUGUCAUGGGCCAUGGGGAUUUCCUAUGAGCCAGUAUUUGAGAAGCAAUAUCUGGCGUUGUGGACGGAAUGCUAGAAUGUCUGCAUGUCUGCCAUUGGAAAGAGUGACAUUUGGCCAGGGGCUUCCUUCCGAAUCCUUAUUUUAUCGUGCAGUUCUGCAAGUUAUUAUCAAAGAGCAUUUUGGAAAUGGAAAGGCAUAUACCACACUGCAAAGAACAAAAAACAAAAAUGUUGGCAAGAUAUAUUCUAAGUCUUCAUCCUUUGUGGAUUACAUCAGAAAAUCAGUAGAAAAGCUGGGAAUGGAUAAUUCAAAGUGUCUUGGGAACAUGCUCUCGCAGGAUCAACUCACAUGCCAAGCUGAGACACCACCAUGAGCCACCAAGAGACUGACCGAUAUACUGCUGGGAGCCACCGAGAGACCAGGCCCAGGACCUGUCACGAGCUACCUAGAGAUCAGGCUGAGACCCCCCACAACCUGCUAGUAGACCAAGCCAAGACCUGCCAUGAACCACAAAGAGAUCAGGCUGAGAACAGGCCGAAACCUGCCACAAGCUGCUGAGAGACCAGGCUGAGAGAUGCCAAAAGACCAGGCUGAGACCUGCCGUGAACUGCUGAGAGAGCAGGCCGGGACCUGCCACGAACCACAAAGAGAUCAGGCUGAGAGACUAGGCUGAGACCUGUCAUGAGCUGCCGAGAGAUCAGGCUGAGGGCCACCAUGUCAUCAAGAGACCAGACCUGGGACCCACCUUAAGCCUUUGGGAGACCAGGCUGAGACACGCCACAAACUGCUGAGAAACCAGGAUGGGUUCCGCCAGGAGCUGACGAGAGACCAGACCUGGGACCUACCAUGAGCUGCCGAGACACCAGGUCCUAGACCUGUCACAAGCCAUCGAGAGACUGGGCUGAGAGCCAUCUUGCUGCCGAGCCACCGGGAGACCGGGCCCGGACCCAUCGACAGAUGAAAGGGGGGUAAAACAGAAAGGAACAGAAGGAGUGGAGGAGCUCCAAUUGGAACAUCCUAUUGAUUGCAAAUACCUAUCCUGAGGAAUUUCUGCAGUGAUGUCCUGUGACAUGUCCGUUGAGCAGUCAAGGCCCAGUCUGGGACUUUGCUGAACAGCUGCAUUCCUCAAAAUCAAAAUCAUUUGACCAUACCUCCUUGAUGUAGCCUUGUACUACAAUUAGAAUGUGAAAUGCUGCCAAUUUGGCAACUUUGCUGAAGUUAUAUUGCCACUUUUGCAAAGUGGCUUUGAAAUCAAUUAGUAGUAUGACCUGAUUUUGAAAGAUAAUCCAAGAAAAUUUCAAUAUUCUUUUUUAGCAGAAUCAUCCUUAAAAGUAGUUGUUUUUUUCCAGCUUCCUGAUGUUUGUCACUGUUCUCCCCAGGCUAUUCAAGUACACACUGAAACAGCUCUCCAUAAAUUACUUGAGAAAAGAAUGAUGUUUUGCUGCCUUGCAAAACAAACCAAUUAUUUUGAUUUGAUAGGACUGUACAAAAACUUGUGGAGACUAAUCUAAGUUAUUUACUAUUUCUGUUUUCCACAUCUUGUCUUUCAUGGAGUUUUUCCAUAUAAUGAUUUUAUAUUAUGUUUGUCUUCUACAAAAUGCUUGUAAAAUUAUAUGGUUUGAACUGUUUUGAAUUUGCCGAACAUUCGCUAAUUGGCAAUAAUUAAACUUAAAAUUUAUGAUGGGGUAAUUUUAUAGUAAUAAGAUGUUCCAAAAGAUUAUUUAUUAACUAGAAGUAUUAGAGAACUGCUGCCAGUGAUACUUUAAAGUGGUGUUUUGUAUGUGUGUUUUUUGAUUUUAUGUUAUGAAAUAAUCCCAUUUAAGUGAAUCUUAGUGAAACAAUAUGAUUAAAGUGAUAAGGGACUGUCUAGAUUUUUCCAUACUCAGUCAGUAGCUGAAGACUUUUCACAAAUCUAGUGUCCCAAAAUGUAAGCAGACCGUGUUUUGUUGUGUCUUACUUGACUAAGAGCUGGCAAAAUAGAAAGGAACGCAUGUCUGCAUAAAACGUACUUGACCUCGACCAAAUCAAAUAACUUAGUUUUGGCUAAAAGCUUGUUACUUAUGUCUUAUUAUCUGUAUGGGGUACACUAACUACAUACUGUAACAAUUGUAUUCUGACAGGUAUGUUUAUGAUAUUAGUUGGAACAAUGCCAGUUGAUCACAUGGUUAUAAUUCGACUUAGAUAUGUGCCUUUUUUUUCCU